AUGGAUAACCUGACCCACAAGCGUUUCUUAGUCGAUACUGGUGCUGAAGUCAGCGUCUUACCGUCUUCAUCUAAGGAACGUCACUCAACCACGGCUCUUACACUUCGUGCGGCAAACGGGUCUCGAAUCCUCACUUAUGGCCAUCGUUCCAUGACGCUUAACCUAGGUCUUAGACGCACGUUUCGUUGGGUAUUUUUAAUAGCCGAUGUACAAACUGCUAUCCUAGGGGCUGAUUUUCUCACACACUUUGGGCUUCUAGUAGACGUGAAAGGUCGCAGACUGGUGGACCAAGCAACCAAUUUGAGCAUCGCUGGAAUCCAGUGCUGUUCAACGCCUCCUGCAAUCAAGGUCCUCACCCCCGAUUUAGCUGACCCAUAUGCUGACCUGAUCAAGGAAUACAAAGACUUAUUCCAACCUUCAGCUUUUCCAACGCAACUGCAUCACGAGGUCACACACAAGAUUCUCACCACCGGAAACCCUGUGUCAUCGCGUCCUCGUCGUUUAGCACCAGAUAAGCUGGCUACAGCCAAACGUGAGUUUGAGCACAUGCUCGAGUUGGGCAUUAUACGUCCAUCUAGUUCUUCUUGGGCAUCACCACUUCACAUGGUAGAGAAGAAGACCAGUGGCGAUUGGCGACCUUGUGGAGACUAUCGGGCGCUUAACAAGGCCACCGUUCCAGACAGGUAUCCUGUACCCCACAUACAUGAUUUCGCUUCGACCCUGGACCAGAAAACUGUUUUCUCGAAACUCGACCUUGUCCGUGCUUAUAACCAGAUACAAGUAGCCACUGACGAUAUACCGAAAACGGCAAUUACCACUCUUUUCGGCUUAUUCGAAUUCCUCCGCAUGCCCUUUGGUUUACGCAAUGCUGCCCAGACCUCCCAACGUUUCAUUGACCAAGGCUUACGCUUUACGGAGUUUCCCUUAUCUGAACUGGCUGUACAUCAAAAGAGGGAUACCGAACUUGUGCAGUCGUCUUUUCCAUCGCUAAAGUUACAACAACUUCCUAUACCCAAUUCAACCGAAAGUGUCACGUGCGACGUCUCCACAGGUUCUCCCAGACCAUUUAUACCUGCUUCGCUCCGUUGGGUGAUUUUCAAUCAGUUACAUAAUUUGUCGCAUCCAGGUAUCCGAGCUACUCGGAAGCUUAUCAGCGAUAGGUGGGCUCGUGAAUGUAUUGCGUGUCAAAAGAGCAAAGUCCAUCGACAUACUGUUACUCCUCUCGGUCAUUUUUCCAGUCCUGAUAGUCGGUUCAGCCAUGUUCACAUAGACCUUGUUGGCCCGUGGCCUCCGUCACACAAUUUUUCGUAUGUUUUCACAUGCAUUGAUCGUUUUACACGCUGGCCUAUCGCCGUGCCGAUCAAAGACACACACUCCGAAACCGUGGCUCACGCUUUUCUCGAGUCAUGGAUUGCCCAUUACGGAGUACCAACAACAAUCACUACGGACCGCGGCCCACAGUUCCAGUCUUCGCUCUUUCGAGACCUUAGCCGUCUCCUUGGCUCGACGCACAUCCACACUACCGCUUACCACCCGUGUGCCAACGGUUUAGUCGAGCGUUUCCAUCGGCAGCUGAAGGCAGCAUUGAUUGCUCACGGUAAUCCUCAAAAUUGGACAGAGCAUCUCCCGCUCGUACUUUUGGGGAUCCGAUCUGCAGUGAAAGAAGAUUUAGGCUGUUCGACCGCCGAAAUGGUUUACGGCAGCCCUCUCCGACUCCCUGGCGAGUUUGUUGCUGAGCAAAAGGAAGCAUUUGUCGAGGCUGAAAACAAUGAAGAAGUCCAGGGUGCUAAUUUUCGCAACUUUUUUCCUCUUGACAGCACUUGGUCCAUGUCUGGCGGUAGUCGGUGGUUAUAUUCCGAUGAUCAGUUAGCACCUGAUGUGGGUGUCCAGUUCGAACUGCGUUACGUUGGUUCCAUACCCGUGCUAGUAUCUAUCAAGUCGGUAGACUUGGAGACCCGAACAAAGAUUGCGCACGCGGCGAUCAAUAGAGUGUGUGAAGAUGUCGGACUCAAGCUGUCCUCUACUCGCCUGUCGGACAAACUGAUGUCAUCCUAUUUGGGGACAGACUCGAACAAGCAAUGGGCGAUGACCUCGGUCUGCCUGACCAUCACUUCGCAACAUCUGACGGUCGAGUCUUUGAGACAACCCAAGCAGAUACGUUCGGCUUUAUUUAUCGUAUCUUUGUAUUCCAUAUUUCUCGGUGUUCCCUGGCAGCAACUGUUCCGACACAACUUGUCAAUGGUCUCGUUCGCUUCCGCCGGAGAUAGCAACUCGCUUGACCUGUUUUGUUAUGUGGCGAAGGAUGUGGCAGGCGAACGUCUCUGCCACACAUUCGAUUGUCCCGGUGGAAUCGCACAGGAAGUGAUCACCACACUUGGGCAGGCAUUUCAGCUGGGAUUUCAGGACUUCCAGCGGACCAAAUCCGGCGAUAAGGCUGUUCCCACAUUGACCAACCCAUCCGUUCCGCUUGAUUCAAACAAUGUCUCAUCCCUCAUAACCUUCGGGACUGCUCCCACCGAUCCCUUCCAGUCACGUGCUCCGGAUUACCGUCCCUCUCCAAAGCGACCCAACCCUUCUGAUGCGCCCGCGGUCGGUCUCGCGUUCGACAACUUUGCCAAUUUCGAUGACAACACAUGGCUGCUUGAUGAACCGCUACUCACCACCACGGUGGACGAUACCGCGCAGAUGCCGACUGCCCCACCUCCACCGAGUCGCGCCAGAGUGCCCAUCCCAUCCUCUGAUUCGAAUCCGUUUGUCGCAACCGAAUCGUCAGUCCAGGAUGUACACCCGGAGGAAAACCCUGCUUCGCAUGGAUUGGAACCCGUCGGUGAGCCCUGGUACGUGGGUACGAUGUCGCGCAAGGAAGCCGAGCGAUUACUUCGAUACGAGGGGGACUUCCUAGUGCGUGCCAGUGCCCAACACCCGGGACAAUUUGUGCUAAGUGGCUUACAGGAUAACAAAUGUCGACAUCUAUUAUUGGCUGACCCUAAAGGUCAGGUAAGGACAAAGGAGCGCGUGUUUGGCAGUAUCCAACAUCUGAUCGACUACCACGUUCAGAACGGUGUGCCGAUUCGUUCGGGGGACAGCGAAAUCCGCCUAAUCUUUCCGGUAUCCGCACAAAACCUUUUCGAAUUCUAGCACCGACCUCAUGGCCUCUCCCUCCUCCUGUGUAGUACAUCUUCAACUCUGCAAUGACCUGGGUAAGACGACUUUUGUCGGCUUCGCCAGGUAUCUUUGUUCACCAGCAGUAUCCAAAUGGCUAACGGUAAUUUGUGUACAACGAAUAUUCAUUCUGCCGCCGGUACUCCCGCCAUCCCCGUAUUCAUCACAUUCCACACCAAUCAGGGCAACUUCUCAUUCCGCGAUGUCUUUGGUGCUUUCAUCAUUCCAUCGCUUUCCGCAUGCCAUCUUACUUGCUUUUUUCCAAUUGCCUCUCAUUGAACACCAUAUUGUGCGUGUACUUCGCCAUCCAGCCUGAUCAGCUUCAUUAGACCCCCGUCGCCAACAUUUUUAUUCGUAUUUCGUUCACUUGACUUCUUCUGUCACUAAUUGUAUAAUCUCAUUCACUUCAUUGAUCACUUGCAGUUUCGUAAACCUGACAUAUUCCUCUUCCUAGUUGUUUACUAACUUAAAAAUACUUGAUGCCACGCCGCCUCCACGAUCCCCACUACCGGCUGGUUGGUCCUUUUUAAAGCAGGAGUUC